AUGAAGUCCCCUCAGGUCGUCAGAAGCCCAGAUGGGACCUGCACUCUGGGGCACACCUGGCAGCCAGGGGCCAUGCUGGACGGCAGCAAGUUUGCCUGCUGGGUGGUCCAGGAUAAGCAGCCCCCAGUCCAGGCCAACAGCACCCCGUGGGCUCAGGGAGUGGCAGGUGAGGAUGAGCUGCAGGUGAUUCAGCCUGAGAGGUCAGUGUCAGUUGCAGCAGGAGAGACGGCCACGCUGCGUUGCACCAUUGCCUCCCUGCUCCCCGUGGGGCCCGUCGCGUGGUUCAGGGGAACUGGGCCAGGACGGGAGUUAAUCUACAGUCUAAAAGGAGGCCCCUUCCCCCGAGCAGCAAUUGUUUCAGAUACUACAAGGAGAAACAACACGGACUUUUCCAUCCGCAUCAGUAGCAUCACCCCAGCAGACACUGGUGUCUACUACUGUGUGAAAUUCAAGAAAGGAGACCCUAACGACACGGAGGUUAAGUCUGGACCAGGCACUCACCUCACUGUGAGUGCCAAGCCCUCUCCUCCUGUGGUAUCAGGCCCUGCCAUGAGGGCCACACCUGAGCAGACAGCGAGCUUCACCUGCACAUCCCAUGGAUUCUCCCCCAGAAACAUCUCCCUGAAAUGGUUCAAAAAUGGCAAUGAGCUCUCCGCCUCCCAGACCAACGUGGACCCAGAGGGAGACAGCGUUUCCUACAGCAUCUCCAGCACAACCAGGGUGCUGCUGGCCCCGGGGGAUGUUCACUCCCAGGUCAUCUGCGAGGUGGCCCACGUCACCCUGCAGCAGGGCCCUCCUCUCCGUGGGACUGCCAACUUGUCUGAGACCAUUCGAGUUCCGCCCACCUUGGAGGUUUCCCAACACCCCACAGCGGGGAACCAAGUGAACAUCUCCUGCCACGUGAACAAGUUCUACCCUCAGCGCCUACAGCUGACCUGGCUGGAGAAUGGAAACUUGACCCGAACAGAAACAGCCUCGACCCUCAUAGAGAACAAGGACGGGACCUUUAACCGGACGAGCUGGCUCCUGGUGACCUCAUCUGCCCACAGGGAGGCCGUGCUGCUCACCUGCCAGGUGGAGCAUGACGGGCAGCCGGCGGUCACCAAAAACCUCAUCCUGGAGCCCGCUGCUCCCCAGAAGGACCAAGACACAGGUGGAACCCCUGGCUCAGAGCUGUCUUCUCCUCUCCUGGCAGCUCUCCUCCUAGGCCCCAAGGUGGUGCUGGUGGUCGGUGUCUCUGUCAUCUGUGUCCACAGGAAGCAUAGGGCUUGA